CAAAAAUCGCCAACAACUUCCAGGAAGUGUUUAUGAAUGCUGCCAACAUGUAUUUAACAAGCCAGUAAACCGUGAGCUGCAUCUGACCGCGAGCUGGUCGAUACUCUGUACACUUUGAGGAUGUACACUUUAUUAUCAGGUCUCUACAAAUAUAUGUUUCAAAAGGACGAGUACUGCGUCCUGAUCCUCGGUCUGGACAAUGCAGGAAAAACGACGUUUCUGGAACAAACAAAAACAAAAUUCAGCAAAAACUACAAAGGCAUGAACCUUUCGAAGAUCACAACUACAGUCGGCCUCAACAUCGGCACCAUUGACGUGGGAAAAGCUCGUCUGAUGUUUUGGGAUCUUGGAGGACAAGAAGAGCUGCAGUCGUUGUGGGAUAAGUACUAUGCAGAGUCUCAUGGUGUCAUCUAUGUCAUCGACUCCACCGAUGAGGAGCGACUGGGAGAAUCCAAGAACGCUUUCGAGAAGAUGAUCAGCAGCGAAGUUUUGGAAGGAGUUCCUCUUCUCGUGCUGGCGAACAAACAGGACGUGGAGAACUGUCUGUCUGUGCCCGACAUUAAGACGGCUUUCAGCGACUGCGCUCCCAAAAUCGGUAAACGGGACUGUCUGGUGCAGCCCUGCAGUGCUUUAUCAGGGCAGGGCGUGAAUGACGGCAUUGAAUGGAUGGUCAAAUGCGUGAUCAGGAACAUUCACCGGCCUCCCAGACAGAAAGACAUCACAUAGAGCGCUGUGUGUGUGUGUGUGUGUGUGUGUGUGUGUGUGUGUGUGUGUGUGUGUGUGUGUGUGUGUGUGUGUGUGUGUGAAGAGCGAGAGAGUGGAUGCAGUUAUCAUGCCACAUGUAAGUUAUGAUAUUAUAUUUGGGUGAUACUCAGAGUUUGAUAUCUGUGUUGUGAUGCUGCAGACAUUGUAGAUAUUUCUAUGCUAAACUGACACUAGUUUUGUUUUCUGAUGAGUUUUUAAAUUCUCUGCUAAAACCUUCUUUAAACUCAUGUCUUCAGAUUAAAUCAGUCCUAUCACAUAACGAAGACGUUCCUCAUGCAGCGUUUCAAGAGGCGUUGUUUAUAAGACCCAACAAAUCAAAACCUAAUUACUAACCAGUUCUAUAAUAAACAGCAGAGAUGGAAAUGAAA